AUGUAUAAAGUCUUCAAUCUUAACUAUGGCAGUAAGAAGGGGCGGGACGACUGCCCAGAGUUACGGCAAAGUCCUCGGGGAGCAGAAUUCAAAGGCGUCAAGAUUAUGAGGAGAUCGAUUCAUGCGUUGGAAUUGCGAUACACGAUCUCAUACUCAGAACAUCAAUCAUUUCUCACCCAAGGCUUCCCAGCUGUCCGCUUCACCGAAGCAAUUGAAAACUUCGCACAUCAACACCAAGACCCUCGCGUCCAAGACGGUAUCCAGUAUGGCGAACUCCUCCAAUUCGUCGACUUCGACUCUACCUCCCGCGUAGCGAAAAAUGUCAUUAUUUCCACAGAUGUACGUUUUCCAGCUGCAAGUGAAGACGAGGAUCCGACUUUGAUCACGAAUCUUCCGAAGUUCUCGUGGAUUACGGGCCAUGAUCCGUUGGUUGAUGAGAGUUAUGAGUUGGUUUGGAGGGCGAGUACGAUACGAAUGUGCAAUGGACGCAUUGUUUUGAAUGUUGGGAAUGGAGGAAGCGUGAGUGUGGAUUUGGAUAAGGAUAAUUUUCAGUUUGGGAUUCGAGCGGUUGGCGGGAAUGGGUGGAAGAGUCCGGCUGGAGGGAGGGGAGGUUGUGAGGCACCGCCAGCUCGAUUCUUGAAGACUUGUGAAGUUAUGAAGGAGGUUUUGGAGGAUGAGCACCACCCUUAA